AUGGCCGUCAUACCCCACUGGUUGUUUGGUGUAAGCUCCAUACUAUUUGUGUCCCUAGCCGAAUCCAAUGCUUAUAAUGGUGAUAAUGCUGCCGGGAUGAAGUUUGGGAUUGGAAUCUUGGUGCUGGUUCUGAGUGUUGGUAUCAUCGCAGUAUGUGCUACUUUCGUGACAAGAGACACCAUUGCCUGGGUUCGCAUGAAGCUCAUAUCCCUGAAGGAUGCCAUCAUUAGAACAGAUGACAAAAACCGAGUGGCUCUCAGUAUCCUGCCAGGAGACCCGUUCUCCACCUACAUCAACGCCAGCUACAUCAACGUAACCCCAACUGAAAGGACAAUGAAAGACUUCUGGAGGAUGAUUUGGGAGAAGAAAUGUGGCAAGAUCGUCAUGAUUACACGCCUUGUUGAAAAGGGGAAGGACAAGUGUGAACAGUAUUGGCGCGUGAAACGUCCUUUCGUCAUCGGAGGCCUUACCAUCACUUUUGCGAGAAGGGACACACGUUCUCAUUACAUCAUCAGGGAAUUCUCUGUCAAAGAACGACAGACAGAAGAAAGUCGGAUCAUCACCCAGUUUCAUUUCGUGGCAUGGCCCGAUCACUCAGUUCCGGAUGUAACGUCAUUGUUGGAAUUUAUUUGGCAUGUACGGAAGGCCCCCACUUGUCAAGAUGGACCUCUUCUUGUGCACUGCAGUGCUGGUAUUGGCCGAAGUGGAACGUACAUUACCCUGGACUAUCAUCUGGACAAAAUUCAGACUGACGAUGAAGUGGACAUCUUUGACUUUGUGUGUAAACUGAGACAUCAAAGGAAAGGAAUGAUACAAACAAAGAAUCAGUACAUCCUCUUAUAG